AUGAGUCGAAGUUACCUUGAUUCAGUGAUGACAAUGGAAGACAGAAGCAGCCGCAACGGCGGCAGAGAGAGACUGGGACUGAGCUUCACGAUUGACUACCUUUUGUUCAAUAAAGGAGUCAAAGGUUCAAGAGAGGAAGCAACAGCAAGCCAUACCGCAGAAGCAACAGCAAACAAUACGCUAAACAAUCAGAGUCCUACACCCAAAGAGGUGGGGAAUUGCGCUGAAACAUUGGCGAAGCGGCUACAAAGAUCCGACGCAGAGUUUGAAGAAAGAAAAGUCAAAGAAGAGGAGGGGGCUGAAGAGCAACAAAAGGAGGGGGAGGAGGAAGUGACCACCACCACAUCGACCAGUCCAGAGAAGUCUGCGGACAAACCCAACCAGUCGUAUAUCGCACUCAUCUCAAAGGCAAUCCUGGCAUCCGAUCAGAAAAAAUUGCUGCUUUGUGACAUCUACCAAUGGAUCAUGGACCAUUACCCGUACUUCAAGAGUAAGGUAUGCUUGCAUCAGUUUUCUUGUAUUAUUCUAUAGUGUAACACGCAAGGAUCAACAUGGUGUAAAGGGCACUGGGAGUACGUAGUGGCACUUGUUAAGGAAAUCAGAAAGUCAAGUCCAGUGAUACGGGGAGGCACAAACAUCGAAACAUGGGAUCUAUUGCCUAUCCGAAUGAAGGGUGCUUUAUUACUUUGCGAAGUCAGUACAACAACUGGUGGGGCAGUUGGUUGGGCAACCACGAGGUGGUUAACGAGAUAACGUUUCGGACCAAAGUUUUCAAUAUGUUUCGUUCAUUUGCCUCAAUUUUCGUAAGUAAAGCGACCUACUUGGAACAUGUAAUCUGUCUGAGUGGUUAGGCAAUUAGGUGCUCUCGGGGACACUAGAUGAUCUUCUUGUUGGCAAAUUCACAAAUACAGUAAUCCUGUUGCUAGGUUGCAAACUGCCUCUGCCUUUACCAGGUGCAACAACAGAUUGGGCAUAGCCUAGUGGAUUAAAGUUGAUCAGUGGUUUGACGUGCUAAAAAGGUAACUUAGGGUGUUGUGUCUUACUGCAAUCAUAUACGGUCUUGACACGCUCUCGCGCAUCCUGCCAACAACAGGACAAGGUGACAUCCUGAGAAGGAUCAGUGAUACUUAACUGUCACCUAUGUUAAUUUUCAAUUAGGGACUCCCAUUGUUUAACUUUGAGUUUUCGGGAUGUAACCAAAUCUUUUUUUUCUAUAAUUUCUCCAACAGGACAAAAACUGGAGAAACAGUGUACGCCACAAUCUGUCCCUGAAUGAUUGCUUCAUCAAAGCAGGUCGCAGUGACAAUGGAAAAGGCCAUUUCUGGGCGAUCCAUCCCUCUAACUACCAGGACUUUUCUAAUGGAGACUAUCACUGCCGGAGGGCAAGGCGAAGGGUACGCAGGGUGGCUGGACAGCUUCCUCUUCCCUCCCUUCCCACUCCCUACCACCCUGCCUUCGCCCGGCCCCACAGAACAACCUGUUGGUGUUGCCCUCAAACCCAGUCGCUUCCUCUGUCCUGCUUGGCACCAAGACUCUACUGGCCAUGGCCCAGUGUGCAGCCUCAGGUGGGGCUUCACCCUGGUCUGCGGGCCUCGGUACCCUAAAGAAGAGUAGUCUGUGUUUUUGAGGUUUCAUAUCUGCUAAUGAAUGUGUCUUUAGAUGGAAAUAAAAUUGAUAUGGACUCUGACAAUACUACAGUGUUUAAGUAGUUCAGUAUUAAAUGAGAAUCUUCUAAAGCUUCUGCUCUUCUUUUAUUUGUAGUUUGUGUGAUUAAGAAUAACCAAAUUCCAAUGUUUGUUAUAAACUCAUUAAAUUAUAUUAACCUCAGUAACUUGUGUUGUCUUUAAUCUGCUGCUGCAAUUGCGUGUGUGUGUGUGUGUGUGUGUAAUUUCAAAUUGCACUAAAAGUGAGCCCAAAGCUGAAACACCACUCAGCAGUGGAUGCUAAUUAAACAAAGCUGUCGGGAUGCAAAAUCUUCCCCGUGAAAUCGGACUGAAAUUGGGCUUUUCAAAGCCGCCUCCCAUGGAUAUGAGGCCAGAUAAUCUCGGCAAUCCCAAAUAGUUUAAAGAAAUGGGAAGAUUAUCACACAGUGUAAUCCUGAACCACUGCUGCAGAAAGAGGGGGACAGCGGGAGUCCGGGGAUGAAGGAAGUGGAGGAAAGGGAAGGAGGCAGGGAGAGGGGACGUUGAUUUAUUGGAGAGAGGUGGGAGGUGUCUUUUUACAGCCAUUAGCUGUGUUCGGAAGAAGAAAGAAGAAGAGACACACAACGUUUGAAACAAAGACAGAUAUACUGAAACUGACAUGAGCACAAAAUGAACAAUGAAGUGACUGUUGUUACUUUUAACAUCUGUGUGGGAAUUUAAAAAAAAUUGGGGACAAAGAAAUCAACAUAUAAACAAACAUCAAUAUACAACAAUAUUGCCUCCAAAACAGGAACAGAUCAGUUGUAAAACAACAUCAAAAUAUUGCUAUAACCAGAAUAAAGUCAAUUAUAUCCGUUCAGUUUUUACAUCAAUAGUGAAAUUCCUCUUUGACUUGCAAAGGUUGGCAUUUACAUCCACAGUGCUGCAGCCUAAGAGGAUUAGGUCAUACAUUGACUUUUCUGAACUUUGUUUGUCUCCACUCAUGUGGGCUUCCUAUUUGCAAAAUAUUGAAUAUUUGAGUAAGGUAAUGUUUGACAUUAAAUGAGAUUCUAAGCAGGCAAACGAUAUUUCAGAGGGGAUAAAGCUAAAAAGAUGAAGAAGAGAGCGAGAGAGACAGAGAGAGAGAGAUAGAGCAGUUAUUAUCUGGCGAUGCUCAUUAGAACAAUGACAAAUCCAUCUAAUUAAUUUUUGUUCGCCAAAUCUUCCUAUUCAAUGUCAGCAGCUAAUUGGAGACCUAAUUUGCUUAAUUCCCAUGAAUAGCUCUCUGCAUCAAAUCCUCUUCAAUUCACCAGCUUUAAGGCUUUAAUUUGGUUGCAUAUGUUUGCUGUACACACACACACACACACACACACACACACACACACACACAUUGUCAUGUUAGAGUUUAGAGUUCACACGUAGAACUUUUCUCAAACUCUGGCAGUAACACAUUUAUUGUCUAAAAAAAUAAAAAUAAAAUAUCUUGAGAAAAAUAGUUAGGACUGUAAAAACUGACACUGGUUUCUAAUUAGGCGAAUGAGAUUGAGGUCAUAAGCUUGGUGUAUGUGGGUUUGUGUGUGUUCAUAAGUGCAUGUCGUUUUGUUAAUCUAAUGAGAUGGGCGGAGGGGUGCGGGGGGCCGUAGAUUAAGGCACAAAGAUUUGUUCCUGAUUAGCAGAGAGUGAGAUAAGAAGAUCAGUCAUGCUGAGAUGGUGAUGAAACAUUAUGGCUGUGCUUUAAUACAGUUCACAUUUACAGUAGCAUUCCAAGGCUGACUCCUCUAUCCCAUUUUUUCUGAAUUUACUGUAGUUUCAUCAUGUAGCGCACACAGAAUUAGAGGACGCCUCAGCCUGUAUGAAUAAAUGAUAUAUAAAUAAAGAAAAAAAGAUUUGCUUUUCUUUCUCCUCCAUGCACCUCAAAGAGUGUUUAAUGUCAUAUUUAGCAGCAGCUGAAAUAAUCUGGCAAGACUAUUUCAGUUUUACUGCUUUAUUUCCAUGACGCUUUUAAGAUAAGAAAAGAUAAGAACUUUAUUUAUCCCUGAAAGGAAAUUCAAUUAUACAUCUUAUUAUGACUAUAAUAAGUUAUUCUCUCUGAACUGGUUUAUGACCAUUUAAAACAAAAUACACUAAUAAGAAACAGGAAACAUAUACAGGAAAUAGUUGGAGUUGGAUGUUACACAAAAUAUAAUUUCAAAUUAAGCGGCCUUCAUUUACUAAGAACAUGCCCACUAGAGAUAUUAAAAAAGACCUUCAAGAGGGCUUUCAGAGAAAUAUAUAAAGUUCAGGUCGAACAUGUAGAUUUUUGAUGAGGUGUUUGCAUGAAUAUAGCUCUAAUAACUCUCAGCCCUAACAAUUUGCACCAUGCAGAUAGCUGAUGUAGUAUGUGGCUGAUAUCUUGAUCUGAGUUGAGCCUUAUGAACAGUUAAAACUGCUCCAAAUCAUCAUAAUUUUUUGUGUUUUCCGUCUUCAUUUGCAUACUUGCUUCUGUAUUUCAUAAAAUUCAAUUUUAAAAAUUAAGGAAUCAUAAUCACUUACAGUUUCCAGCUCAAAUACUGGUAUAUUGUGUGGAUAGUUCAGCACUUUCCGUAGUUUGAAUUUAUUUUCAUCUAAGCUGCAUCAUAUCCAUGGUGUUAAAAGAAAAAAGUAGGCUAAUAAAGCUAUAAAUGUCCUGUUUAAGAGACAGGCCUGAAAGUAGCUUGUCAAGACUAUUAAAAAAAACACAGAAUAGAAAGCUUAUUGCAAGAAAUUACUUAAACACUUUAAAUAUAUCAUUAAUUGAAGACUAACUUUGUUGGACGUUUUCUAUUUGGCCUUGUUUUAUUUCUAUUUUAACACGUGUGUCAUAUGUGUGACUCCCACUGUGUGUCUGAAUAACUCCCAAAAGGAGCAAAGCCUGAAGGAGUCCAAAUUGCGAGUCUAUUAGAAAGCAUGAUUACAAAGAGGUAGGUAGUAUUUAAGGCUUAGGAAGCGCUGUAGUUGAACCAAAACCAGCUGCUAUUUUCUGGUUGUGUCCCUCCAUGAACAAUAGCCUGGCGUUACCUCGGCUUCAAAGGCUCCAUAAUAGUCAAUCGAUCAGAAUGCGAGGCGCUAUUCUGCAGAUUACUGUUAACAAUAAUUUGCCUCCUAGUGCACCGUUACCAUCUUUGAAGCAAUGUUUUAUUGCCUUUUUUUUCAUCUGCAUCUGUCAUCCCCGAGGUUUACUGUUUGAUCUCUCCCCACCAGUGUCUGUCUCCCCGGGGUCGCGUUGACCUGUUGAUUGGCAGCUGCGAUCAGACAUAUGGUGGGACGAGGCAUCGACCGGAGCUCCCCGGAGACAAAAGCAGACUAGUGGGGUUUUUCCCCCCUCUUCCAGCGCGCAGAAGAGCCGGGGAACAGCACCAAUGGAAGCAGAGGAAAGCUCCCCCUUUUUCACCACUAGAUGACGCAAGGUGCAAGCAAAUACCUCCAGCACGAGACUGA